GUCAGGUGCCGUAUGCCUCCGCGGACCAGUCGCCGCCGUGGACGCGACGCGCACGCUGCCCCUACUCACGCGCAGAUCCUAACUUACACUGUUUACGUUCGUCAAAAGUGCACUUGUGAAUUCUGCUCCCAUGCGCAAAGAGGAAGGAUGGAUUUGAGGCUGGUUCUAGUGGCGUGCGCAUGCGCGGCGGCCACGCACGCUGCGCACGCGGCGCCCGCCGCACUCGACGCGUCCGGGCUCACCAACAUCGCCAAUGUGUCAUAUGCUGCGGACAACGCUGGUCCGGGCGACAUAGCGUCGAUAUUCUCGCCGCGCAUGGUGUUCGACCAGUGGAAGCCGCUGACGGGGCGCGGGGACCCGCUGCGCAACGACCCCACGUACGACUACGAGCCGCCCGUGCUGGAGCGCGUGCACUACUGGGCUGACGAGCCGCGCCCCGACAGGAAGUCCGAGGUGCUCAUGCUGGGCGUCUCCUCGCGCAAGCCCAGCGUCGCGCCGCGCCAGCCGCCGCGCCGCCACUACCGACCACCCCCGCCUAAAUACGAGGAGUUCUCCUACAAACAUACCGACCAUCACUACCCGAUGACGAUCUUAGUGCCACCGCCGCCGCCCCCGCCUGGCCACCAACCGCUACUCUUUACACUUGACGACAAACCGACGACUCCUUCUUAUCAUUUCCAAUCCACAGAAAGGCCAUCACUUAGUAACCCCAGUGAUACUCACUCAGAUAACUCUCCCCACCUUAAUUCUCUGUAUGCGCUGCAAGAGGCUAACUUGAUUUACCAGUCCUCCACAACUAACCACAACUGGGUGCCAAAUGAAAAUGAAACAAAAGAUCAGUCUGCGAGUACAGUGAGCAGUAACUACGCGGGCUGGGGUCCGACAACACCAAUAGAUAGUGACGAAGUAGUAAACGACACACACAACUUCAUAUUUAGCGACCAUUAUGAAAUGUCUAGGCAUCCGUUUUCGUUCUACCGGCCCAUGCUGUCUGCUGAGGCGCCCCCGCCCCCGCACAAGUCUGCAAUAUCUCAGCAGCUCCCAACGUUCAUGCCGACCGCUCUGCCCGAGACCACCACCCAGCCGGCACACUACAGUCACACGGAGACCGAGGCCCCUGCGACUACUGCGGAUAUAUUUGAAACUGAAACCACCUACUACCAAGAGGCAACUACUGCCGACAAGGGCAUCACGUUUCAACCUACUCCUGUACCCACCACAGCCGCUGAUCUAGAACCUAAUCCGUUCGGAAUGAUGGGGUCGAUGCUGUCGAUGCCUCUAGUUAAUGGUCCCGACAGACCCGAGGACAACUUGUACGCUCAUGCAUCUGAGAACCUGCAUGUUUAUAAAGAACACCAUGCAGACGACGAGGUCACGCUAGAGUCGAUGCAGACCAUGCAGCCGCCGCCGCCGUCGCACGUUAAAAUGACAGAAAGUCCCAUGUUGCAUAAAAAGCCAUUCCACGUAAACACAAACCUGUUCAGUAGACCGUACAAAAAGCCAACGGUCACUCUAGAUCCGUACAUACACAUGCGUAUAACAUCACCUGCUCCAACCGAGUCCUCCAACGUAGAGUUUGAGAAUAUCCUGUCCGCGACCGAUGCGCCCGUCAUCCCCACGUACCUCAUCAUACAGGGACACUCCAAAGUGAAAACGUACAGUUCAAAACCGAAAAACUCCUCAGACAAAGAGUCCAUCGUAAACGAAAUCCCUAAACCCAACGAAACUAAUGAGGUCAAGCAUUUACAUCCGAUUAAGGACCAAAAUCAAAAGAAAAGCGAGAAAACUGAGAAAUCACGAGUCAAUAGUGGGAGAAAUCUGAAAUCAUUAAUAGAUGAGGGUGUGGGGUCAAUAGAGAUACAAGAAGCUAAUGUUGGCAUUAAAUACGACGUGAGCGACGGAAGCGACGUGCCAGUUGAGAUUUACAGAAAAGGUAUAGUGGAAAGUGACGAGAACGAUUAUUCUGCGCGGAAAAAUCGUCCUAAAAGACAACUCGAUUUGGAAGACUUCUUGCCGUUUGACGAGGAUCAAAUACAGGAGUACGUUUUUGAUUUUCUGAAAGGUAAAAAGAAUGAGACAGGAAUAACUGGUUUAAUAGCAUCAGCAGUGACGAGCGACGCCGCCGCCGCCGUGGACGACAUCGACGAGGACGAUAGCGACGCGGAGGACAGCGACGAAGAUAGAUGAACACCCACCGACAUCAUAUCCUAGUUAAAUUUGGACUUGUCUAAAGUUAAUAGUGAAAUUGCUACGUACAAUGCGACAAGUGUUUCGUGAUGAAAGGUAAAGUUACCACAAAAGUUCAAAAUCGUUCACGUCUACGUCUGUAGGUACAUUUGCAAGUACCGACCUGCUUGUACUAAUAAUAUACACGCCAUCAUUUAGGAGAGGAGACAGAUAUAUUAAGUACUGAGUAAGUACAACCAUUUAGAGUUAAGGAAAUAUUUAUUGUAUCUAAAAAUAAUUUAAUAUUUAAGUAAUAAAACAUGUGUACAAUA